AAACUACAGCAACCCUCCCGCGCGCAUUUUGAAACUAAAAUUAGAAGUCCAUUCCCCCUUCUGCUAAUUUCUAGGGUUUUGUAUUCUCUCAUUGCUAGCUACCUCAAUAAUUUACAGAGAGAGAUUGGUAGAUAUAUAUAGAGAUAGAUUGAGAGAGAGAGAGAGAGAUAAAGUGACAGAGGAAGAGAGAAGAAAUGAGUACUCCAAUGGAAAUCUCGGAACAGCAAAAUCCUGUGAAUGUCACCCCCUCCGACCUAAACGGCGUCGUUUUCGAACCUCCUCCACCUCCUGCUCUUCCUUCUCCGGCACCUACAGCCAUUUCCGAGGACAAAUUUCUCGUUUCAGUUGAAGUAUGCUUAAAAUCAUCAAGUACGGCUCGAAUCGAAGAUGUUCAGACUGCAGUUGAGAAGAUGCUUGAAAAGAGAAGCUUGAGCUAUAUUGAUGGUCCCAUUGUAAUACCACCUGAUGACCAGUUUCUGGUAGACAAUGUACAAAGAAUCUGUGUUUGUGAUACAGAUGUGUGGGUGGAGAACCAUGAUAUUCUACUGUUUUGGCAAGUUAAACCUGUAGUGCAUGUCUUUCAGCUAAGUGAAGAAGGACCUUGUGAAGACUUAAGUGGGGAUAACAAUCUUUCCAGCUUUAAUGAAUGGAUGCUUCCUGCAAAAGAAUUUGAUGGAAUGUGGGAAAGCUUGAUUUAUGAGUCUGGUCUGAAGCAGAGGUUAUUGCGAUAUGCAGCUAGUGCGUUACUUUUUACCGAAAAAGGUGUUAAUCCCUUCCUUGUGGCAUGGAACCGGAUCAUUCUUCUACAUGGACCUCCAGGGACAGGCAAGACAUCCCUGUGCAAAGCGCUGGCUCAGAAGCUUUCCAUACGUUUUAGCUCCAGAUACCCACAGAGCCAGUUGAUUGAAGUUAAUGCCCAUUCUUUGUUUAGUAAAUGGUUUUCAGAAAGUGGAAAACUGGUUGCGAAGCUUUUCCAAAAAAUUCAAGAAAUGGUGGAAGAAGAGAACAAUCUGGUAUUUGUUUUGAUUGAUGAAGUUGAAAGCCUUGCAGCUGCUAGAAAGUCUGCUUUGUCUGGUUCUGAGCCAUCAGAUUCGAUACGGGUAGUGAAUGCUUUAUUGACCCAGAUGGACAAACUGAAAUCUUCGCCAAAUGUGAUAGUUUUGACAACAUCCAAUAUAACAGCUGCCAUAGAUAUAGCUUUCGUUGAUCGUGCUGAUAUAAAAGCCUACGUAGGCCCUCCAACUCUUCAAGCACGUUAUGAAAUAUUAAGGUCCUGCUUGGAGGAGCUUUUGCGGACUGGAAUCUUAUCUUACUCCCAGAUACAGGAAGGAAUAGGCCUUCAGUCUCUACCAAAUUACUGUAGUCUGAAAGAGAAGUUAAGUGUAGCAGUAACGCAAGAGUCCCAAACCCCAUUGCAUUUAUGCCAACAGUUGUAUGAAGUUGCUGAAGCAUGUGAGGGUUUGAGUGGAAGAUCAUUGAGAAAACUUCCAUUUUUGACACAUGCAGCACUCGCCAACCCUAGUACUUGUGAACUCUACAAGUUUUUGUGUACAAUGAGAGAUACAAUUAAAAGGGAGCGUUCUGAUUUACCUGAUUGAAUUCAAUAGCUCUUAACCUGAAAGAUUCUUGCCGGAUAGUAUGAGAUUCCAAUCCUGCAGUAUCCAUGACUUAUGAGCCUUGGUAUAUGAGUGAUAGGCCAUCGAACGUAACUUCAUUGCAGUUCUUAUCAAAGCAAUUGGUUACUGACCUAGUUCUGUUGUACAGUUACAUAUACAAAUGGGAAAUCACAAACUUACUACUACGUAGUGAUGUUUCAGCUGUUCUUUACUCUUCUGUUAAUUUGUACGUUAGACAUGUAUAACCAUCACUAAAUACAAAUUGGCAGAAACUGUCUUUUUUUUUUUUUUUUCCUCCUUUAUUUGAACUUAAGCCACCUCUAGCUAUUUAUGUUUACAUUCACCAGCUAGCCUGGAUAAUAAUUUGUUUGUGCAAGUUGGUUUAAGUUUUAAUUUACCCU